AUGCUCAGCGUAUAUAUAGCUGCGGUGUCUGACAGACAUUACACCAUUGUUCGGUAUACCAGCACUUCUACGCAGACUUACCUUACCUACUACAAGGAUUCCACUACAAGCCAAAUGUCGCGUGUCCAGCUACUCAACCAGGACCUUCCAACCACCAAGGCCAAGGUCUUCUACAGACAGGCCGGCCCGGAAUCCGCCCCAGUGAUUCUCCUCCUCCACGGCUUCCCGUCGUCCUCUCACCAAUACCGCAACUUGAUCCCCAUCCUGGCGAAGAAGUACCGCGUGCUCGCCCCAGACCUCCCAGGAUUCGGAUUCACCACCAUCCCAGAGGGCUUCAAGUAUACCUUCGACAAUCUCGCAGCAGUGGUCUCGGAGUUCCUGGAUAAGCUUUCGGUCACGCGCUUCUCCGUUUACAUCUUUGACUACGGCGCUCCAACCGGCCUCCGGCUCGCCCUGCAACGUCCAGACGCUGUGCAAGCCAUCAUCUCCCAGAAUGGCAACGCGUACGACGAAGGGCUAGGAGCGUUCUGGGACCCAAUCCGCGAGCUGUGGAAGAACAACAACGACCCCAAGAUCCGAGCUAAGCUUGUACCGGCCCUGCUCAGUUUCGAAGCGACCAAGUGGCAGUAUGAAGAGGGAACACAGAGCAGCAGGGUGAUUGCGCCGGAGUCGUAUCACCUUGACUAUGCGCUGCUGCAGCGUCCUGGUAACGCGGAUGCCCAGAUCGAUCUGUUCUGGGAUUAUAGGAACAAUCUGCCGCUGUACCCCAAGUUCCAGGAAUACUUCCGGCAGUCUAACGUGCCAGUGCUCGCUGUUUGGGGCAAGAACGAUCAGAUCUUUGUUGCACCUGGUGCGGAAGCGUUCAAAAGAGACUUGCCCAAGGCAGAGGUGCGUCUUUUGGAUGCCGGACACUUUGCUGUUGAGACCGAGACUGAGGAGAUCGGAUCACUCAUUUUGGACUUCUUGGGCCGUAAUGGAAUCUAA